AUGUGGGACAGAAUCUCCAACACCAUGUUUGAAUAUCAGUCUCUAAAUGCUUCCCUUAUGCACGGGGAACCAGCUGUUUCUUUCACUGCAUCUGACCCUUCACAAGCAGAUGAAGUUGAGAGAAUAGUGAGAAAGAAAGAUAUCAAGUUGCUGGAUAAUCUUGGUGGAGUUGACGGUGUAAUCAGAAUCCUGCGAACUGAUAAAGAGAAUGGCAUUCCUGGUGAUACCAAUGAUCUCAAGGACAGAAGAGAAAGAUUCGGGUCGAAUUCCAAAAUGUAUUCGAAAAGAGACCUAAUGAAGGAUUUUUGGCUUUGUGCAGUGAAAGCAGUUAGAGAUCCUUUCAUAAUUAUUCUUCUUGUUUAUAUCCUUGUGUACAUAUGUUUUGGCAUUAAGAAACAUGGGAUAAGAUCAGUUUGGCCUGAAACAGGAACCAAGCUAGUUGAGAUUGUUGCUGUGAUGAUUAUUUCAGCCGUGACAAACUUUUGGCCAAUUGCUCAAACUCAUGAUCUGUCUGCAGCCAAACACCAAGUGUACACCCCUCAGGUGGAUGUGGUGAGGAACGGCGAAUGGGAGAAAAUCGCGAUUCCUGAAGUGGUUGUCGGGGAUAUUGUGUUGCUAAAACCUGGUGAUCAAGUUCCAGCUGAUGGUCUAUUCAUAGAUGGCCAUUCAUUGCACCUUGAAGAUUUAAGCAGUAAUCAGGAGGAAUCUGAUCAUAUGGAAGUUGGAGAAGAAAACCCGUUUGUGUUUUCGGGAAAUAUGGUGGCUCAUGGUUAUGCCAGGAUUGUUAUAACAGCAGUGGAAAAGAAUAAGGGAGAUUUACAGCUGCAUGCUCCACCGGUGACAUGGAUGACGCGAAAACAUGUUUACGAGUUGGAAAUUCUUACCACCAUUGUAGGAAGGUAUGGCAAAGUUUUCGCCUUGUUAACAUUCAUGUGGCUUUUAUUCAUUCUAAUAAAUGAGGAGGAAAAUGAGAAAGGAAGCAAUGGCAGCAAAGGAUCAGAUAUUGUUGAUAUAUUGAUUGCAUUUCUGGGGAUGCUGGGGGCUUCUGCUACUGUUGCAUUAACUUCCAGCCUGGAGGGCUUUGAUUUUUUUGUCAAAUCCAUUCUUGCAUAUUCCAUGAGGAGCUUGUUACAUGUAAAAGUUCUGAUAAAAAAGCCCCUCCUCUGUCAUCAAGUUGCAUCUGUUGAUACUAUUUGCUUGAACAAAACCGGAACCUUAACUUCGGAUUCCUCAGAGGUGAAAGAGUUCUGGGUAGGUUUAAAUUCCAUUGAAGAAGCACCACAAAAUUUGAUUGCUCCAAGUGUGGUUGAGUUACUUCACCAGGCAAUUGGCUUGAACACAACUCAGCCUCGUUCGAAUUCCACAUUUGCAUCUUCCUUGAGUUCAACUGAAGGAGCGAUUUUUGACUGGGCGACUCGCCAUUUGGGAAUGGAAAAAGAAAUCAUUCGGCGUAGCUGCACCAUUCUUAAGAUUGAGCCCUUCAACCCUGUCAACAAGAGUAGUGGAGUGUUGAUUAGUAAGAAUAAUGAAAACGCAAUUCAUGUCCAUCGGAAAGGGGCACCUGAUGUGAUCCUCAAGAUGUGCUCUCAUUACUAUGGUACCACAGGGAGACCCAAUGCCAUCAACAGAAACACCAGGGAACUAUUGAAGCGAACAGUUGAAGGAAUGGCAGAAAACGGUCUCAGAUGCAUUGCUUUUGCACACAGAAAAACAUCAAUAGAAGAAUACUUCAACUUCUCUCGCCAACGCCUAACCCUGAUAGGCCUAGUGGGACUUAACAAUCCUGUUAGAACUGAAAUCAGAACAUUUUUAGAAGAUUGCCAAGGAGCUGGAAUAAACUUCAAGCUGAUCACAGGUGACAGUGUUUUCACAGCCCUGGUUGCGGCUUCAAAGGCCGGCUUGCUUGAGCCUGAAAUUCAACCAGGAAACAUAGUAGAAGGAAAGGAAUUCUGGGAGUUCACUGAAAAUGAGAGAAUGCAGAAAGUUGAUCAAAUUCGCGUAUUGGCUGGAGCUACCCCUGAUGAUAAAUUCCUUAUGGUUCAAACCCUGAAGAAAAAAGGACGAGUGGUUGCAUACAUAGGCGGAGGCCUUGGAGAUGCUCAGGCACUUAGAGAAGCAAAUGUAGGCCUAUGUUUUGGAAGUGAAGGCAGAGCUGAAAUUGUCAAGGAAUGUUCAGAUAUCGUAAUCAGGGACACGAAAUUCCCUCAGGUUAUCGAAAUUUUGAAAUGGGGUCGAGGAUUCUAUGACAGUUUCCAAACCUACAUUCAGUUCCUGAUCACUGCAACCUUAGUCGAUCUAGUGAUUGACUUCGUGAUGACAAUGUUUCCUAAUGGAUCAGCUCCUUCAUAUGCAGUGGCAACCAUUUCAUCAGGUGAAGUACCAAUACCUGUAUUUCAACUACUUUGGGUGAAGCUGAUUUUAGGCACAAUUGCAGCUCUUUCUGUGCUCAUAAAACAACCAUCUGAUGAUCUUAUGUCCAAACCAGCAAGGGUUCCAAAUGAGCCUUUGAUGACUGAUGAUAUGCAAAGAAACAUAUGUGCGCAGGCUUUGUAUCAAAUCGCGGUUCUUGUAGCCGUCCAUUUCCAAGGGAAAUCGAUGCUAAAACUUAAUGGCAACGCGAAGAACACUGUGAUCUUCAACACUUUUGUGCUCUGCCAGGUUUCCACAUUGAUCAAUGCAAAGCUUUAUGAUCAGGAACACAUUUUCAAGGAAAUUCAUGGUAAUAAAUGGUUUUGGGGGAUCAUAGCGAUAAUCGUAAUCCUGCAAGUGGUGAUGGUAGAAAUUUGGAAGAGCAUUGCAGGAACAGCAAGGCUGAAUGCUAGGCAAUGGGGCUUAUGCAUAAUCAUGGCUGCUGCAUCUACCCCAAUCAGUUGGUUAAUCAAGAACAUUUGUCCUAUGAAAAUACCAUAUCUCAACUCUGCCCUAAACUCAGAAUCUGAAGUUAGAAACAGAAUGAGCUUGUACCCUGGAUGA